AUAAAAGUCAUUGUCUAAAGCCAGCGUCGAUGAAUUAAUUUUUUUUAAUAGCCUGAGUUUUUUUACGCUGAAUAAUUAAAUCGUUUUCAUGUAUUGCUUAAAGAUUUACUAUAUGUUUCGAUAGAUAAUAUUCUCUUUUUCUAAGACAGAAGGUACAAAAGACAAUUUCAAAUACUUGCUAAUUAUAUAUGAUAAAAAUUAUAAUUAGUGCUUUUCACAUUUAAAAAAUUAGAAACUUAUUAAGCAUAUUAUGUAUGUUAAAAUACAAGUACUUAAAUACUUCGUUGUACUGUAAAUGAUUGAUGAAAAAUUCAUGAACAUGUAAAUCUAUGUUUUAGUAUAUAAUAAUAAUGGGAUACAUCAUCUGUUUAACGCGAUAACUUAGAUAUUGUAGGUCAGACAUAUCCUACUCUUGUUGCAACACAUACCGUUAUUACUUACAUCUUGAAUCGUCAAAACAAUUGAAUAUAAUACUCAAUCUUCGAAAUAAAUAUUAAAUUUUUAUUAAGAAUGUUUACUGAACUUUUUCCAUUUUGGACGAAAUACUGGUACCACGUGUUGAUUACUAUUGUAGUUUAUAUUUUUUUAAAAUUAUUUUAUAAAAUAUUGAAAAAGGACGCUAUUUUUACUGAAAAAAAUAAACAUAAUUUUGACAUUUCAAAUAUUAUAAAGCAACUAAAAGAAACUAAUCAAGAAACAAAAGAUAGUGAGGAAUCUGCAUUACCAAAAGAUUUAAAACAUAUUCCUUAUGAAUAUAAAAGACCUUCUGAAAUGGAGUUAUUCUGUCAAGCUUCUGAGUUUUAUAAAAUAGUAACUGCUAGAAGAACUAUAAGAUUUUUCAGUUCUGACCCUGUACCAAAAGAAGUCAUAUAUGAGAUAAUAAAAGCUGCAGGUACAAUAUCAUGUUAUUACGUUCACAAAACUUUUUAUACAUCUGAGUCUGUUUUAGGCACUGCGCCUAGUGGUGCACAUACAGAACCAUGGACAUUCGUAGCGGUGUCAAAUCAGAAGAUAAAAGAACAAAUACGUUAUAUUGUUGAAAGCGAAGAAGAAAUAAAUUAUAAAAAAAGAAUGGGAGUAAAGUGGACAACUGAUUUACUUCCAUUAAGAACAAAUUGGAUUAAAGAAUACCUGACUACCGCUCCUUAUUUGUUGCUUGUAUUUAAACAAAUUUAUGGAAUUUUACCAAAUGGAAAAAAGAAAAUUCAUUAUUAUAACGAAAUAAGCACAUGUAUUGCUUGUGGUAUUCUUAUCACCGCUAUACAAUAUGCAGGUUUGGUAACUCUGACUUCUACUCCUUUAAAUUGUGGACCUGCCAUCCGCAACCUUCUUGGACGUCCUUCUAAUGAAAAGCUUGUUGUACUACUGCCAGUUGGUUAUCCAGCAAAGGAUGCUACAGUGCCUGAUCUUCAGCGAAAAUCUCUAUCUGAUAUUUUAGUAGAAAUUGAUUGACAUAUAUUAUAACAAAUUAUGGGAAGUACCUUUGUUUAAUAUUUUAUCAGAUACUUGCUUGUAGGACAAUACAAAAAUGAGUACACAUAAUUAUAGAUUUAUAUAAAUCCUGUUUUUGUAAAAAAACUUAUAUUUGUUUUGAGUA